AUCCCAGACAGCGGUGUGAACUCAUUCUACGGAUAGCGUAUUUACGAAAACGCUCUAAACGCCAACAUGGGGAAAUUUGGUUUGCAGUUCAAAGCGACGUUGGAGAACGUUACAAAUGUCAGACCUGACGGAGAAGACUUUCGCUGGUAUUUAAAGCUCAAGUGUGGUAACUGUGGAGAGGUCUCUGAAAAAUGGCAGUAUAUCACAUUACUGGACAGCAUGCCACUUAAAGGAGGCAGAGGCAGUGCCAGUAUGGUUCAGAAGUGUAAGCUGUGUUCCCGGGAGAACUCGAUAGAUAUCCUGAAAGAUACCAUUACGCCAUAUAAUAUGGAGGACAGCGAUAGGUUUAAGACAAUGGUGCAGUUUGAGUGCCGAGGCCUUGAACCAGUUGAUUUUCAGCCUCAGGCUGGCUUUGCUGCUAAGGGUGCUGAGACGACCACUCAGUUUCUAGAAAUCAAUCUUCAGGAGAAGGACUGGACAGACUAUGAUGAAAAGGCCAGUGAGUCUGUUGGGAUCUAUGAGGUCACACAUCAGUUCAUCAAGUGCUGAGCACUUAAGAAAUGCAAAACGAGGGGUCCAGUAAAAACCUGUCAAAACAGACCAUUUAUGAUAAUGUUUUUAUUACUGGUUGUAGGCAGUAAAUGACUUGAUUGGACUGUAGAUGCAAGAACAUUUACUACUUAAAGGAUUGAAGAUGAAUACCAACUGGCAGUGACAAUAAAACCUGGAAAAAAGCUGUU